GUAAAUAUGCCGUCUUUUUCAGUGCCUCAGGCUGCCUGCACGUUUAGAUAUUUUGUUUUUCGUCGCUUUUGAUGACGUGUUUUAGACUGCGUGACCGGUGACGUCACCGAAUGCGACACCUGGUGAAGUCGGUGUGCAGUAAUCAGAAGCCGAAUGCUGAAUAGGUCGGCUUUAAGAAGUAGCACAUCACAGAAGAAAGAAAAAGCUGAAGCUUACUGUAACGUCUAGAUGGAUGUGAAAGAGGAGAUGUGUGAGGCUGACAUUAAUAUCAUCGAGAUAAGGACCGUAAGUAUUAAGGAGGAGGACGACGACUGUGAGUGGGAGUCUGUUCACCCUGACCAGGAGCAUCUCUGCAUUAAAGAGGAGGACUGUGAGCUGGGGUUAGUAUGUGUUAAAGAAGAGGCUGAAGAGAAGUUUGUCAGCAUUGAGACGAGUACCCAUACAAGUCUGGAGAAUGUCAAGGAAGAGGGCCAUCAAUAUGUGUGUCAAGAUGGAGCCUUGACUGGGAUGGUCUCUUCUCUGAGCACACACUGUCACUCUCCUGGGCCUUCUAUUAGCGUGAAGUCUGAAUCUUUAUAUUCUGACACGAACGGGACGGAGGAGAAUUUUACGGUGAGAACACUGGAAGAUCAGCCACCAUCUAAAAGUAAAUCUACAAAAAGAAGCAAACAUCUCUGCAUUUGUGAAUGUGGCAAACAAUUCUCUGACAAGAGCAGUCUUCAGAGACACACCAGAACUCACACCGGAGAGAAGCCAUACAGCUGUUUGGAAUGCGGCAAACAGUUUUCUCUAAGGAGCAGUCUUCAGACUCACAAGAGAAUUCACACGGGAGAGAAGCCUCAUUGUUGUUUCGAGUGUGGCAAACAGUUUUCACAAAAUGCCCAUCUGCAGACCCACAAAAGAAUUCACACAGGACUGAAGCCAUUUUGCUGUAAUGAAUGUGGCAAACAGUUUUCGCUAAGAAGUAGUCUUCAGACCCACAUUAGAACUCACACUGGAGAAAAGCCGUAUUGCUGUUACGAAUGUGGCAAACAAUUCUGUCGCAGGAGUCUUCUUCAGAUACACUUUAGAACUCACACAGGAGAGAGGCCCUAUUGCUGUCCUGAAUGCGGAAAACAAUUCUCGGACAGAAGUACUCUUCGAAGCCACAAAAGAAUCCACACUGGAGAGAAGCCAUAUUGCUGUUCUGAAUGUGGCAAACGAUUUUCUCAUAUAACCAGCUUUAAGAAACACUCUGCAAUUCACAUGAGGAUGGAUGUGAAAGAGGAGAUGUGUGAGGCUGACGUGAAUAUCCCGGAGAUAAGGACUGUAAAUAUUAAGGAGGAGGACUGUGAAUGGGAGUCUGUCCGCCCUAAACAGGAGCAUCUCUGCAUUAAAGAGGACUACUGUGAGCUGGGGUUAGUGCGUGUUAAAGAAGAGGCUGAAGAGAAGUUUGUCAGCAUUGAGACGAGUAUCCAUACAAGUCUGGAAAGUGUCAAGGAAGAGGAUCUUCACUAUGCAUGUCAAGAUGGAGCCAUGACUGGGAUGGCCUCUUCUCCGAGCAAAUACUGUCACUCUCCUGGGCCUUCUAUCAGCGUGAAGAGUGAAUCUUUACAUUCUGACACAAAUAGGACGGAGGAGAAUGUCAUGGAUAGAACCACAGAAGAUCAGCCACCGUCUAAAAAUAAAUCUACAAAAAGAAGCAAACAUCUCGGCAUUAGUGAAUGUGGCAAACAAUUCUCUGACAGGAGCAGUCUUCAGAGAAACACCGUACCUCCCACUGGAGAGAAGCCGUACAGCUGUUUGGAAUGUGGCAAACGGUUUUUGCUAAGGAGCACUCUUCAUACCCACAAGAGAAUUCAUACAGGAGAGAAGCCGCAUUGUUGUUUUGACUGUGGCAAACGGUUUUCACAAAGGAGCAGUCUUCAGACCCACAAGAGAAUUCACACGGGAGAGAAGCCUCAUUGCUGUUACGAGUGUGGCAAACAGUUUUCACAAAAUGCCCAUCUGCAAGCCCACAAAAGAAUUCACACGGGAUUGAAGCCGUUUUGCUGUAAUGAAUGUGGCAAGCAGUUUUCGCUAAGGAGUAAUCUUCAGACCCAUAUUAGAACUCAUACAGGAGAAAAGCCGUAUCGCUGUAAUGAAUGUGGCAAACAAUUCUGUCGCAGGACUCUUCUUCAGAUACACUUUAGAACUCACACUGGAGAAAAGCCGUAUUGCUGUUAUGAAUGUGGCAAACAGUACUCUGAGCGGAGCAGUCUUCACAGACACACUAGAACUCACACUGGAGAGAAGCCCUACAGCUGUUUGGAAUGUGGCAAACAGUUUUCAUUAAGGGGCAGUCUUAAGAGGCAUUCUUCAGUUCACACAGGAGAGAAGCCAUUUUCUUGCUCGGAAUGUGGCAAAAAAUUUGUGCGUCUGGUCAGUCUUAAGAGACACUCUGCAGUGCACAUGGGAUAGAAGAAGAAAGCUCUGUAGGAGGAAGUUGAUGGAGGAAGAAGUGAAAUGUAUAUCCAGGAGUCCUUAAGUUUUGAUGAUUACCAUCAUUGUAUAUAAUUGUCUGGGAAUUUUCCUUUAAAUAAUAGCUGAGAUCAACACUACAAAUGGUUCCAAUAGACUUUUUUUUAUUACAACAGGUCUGAGGGAGCCCUGCCAUAUGGAAACCUCAGUAGCUGUGAUAAGAACGAAGAAAUAUGUCAUUGUUUGAUCCUGUGAAGAAUAGGAAAUUUUCUAUAACUGUAAAAAGCUGUUACAAAUGUAACACAAAUGUAUUCUUCAGAUACACUUUAGAACUCGUACUGGACAGAGGUGAUAUUGCGUUCCUGAAUGUGGAAAACAAUUCUCGGACAGAAGUACUCUUUGAAGCCAUAGACAAAUUCACACUGGAGAGCGAGUCCAUAUUGCUGUUCUGAAUGUGGCAAACGAUUUUCACAAAGAGGCCAUCUUCACACCCACAAACCAAUUCACACCGGAUAGAAGCUACCAUUGCUGUUCUGAAUGUGGCAGACAAUUUUCUCGUGUAACCAACUUUAGAAACACUCUGAAAGUCACAGGAGAUAAAGAGGAAGCCUUAAAGGAGUAAGUAUUCAGGUAAAGAAGGUAUAAAUGGAACUCUUCCAACUCCCCGCAUCUUGAUUGGGUAUUCCACCGUAUGAAAGUACUAAUCUCUUCAAGAAACUACACUUGUAAUAUUAAAAGAGUACAAAAAAGUCAUUCAUCCUGGGCAUUCAUAUCCCCAGAUAAAAAGGUGCCCAUUCUUUGCUUUGGCCUUUGGGAUGGUAUACAGUUGGGGAAAUAAUUAUUUGAUCACCUGCUGAAUUGUACGUUUGCUCACUUACAAAGAAAUGAACAGUCUCUAAUUUAUAUGGUAGUUUUGUUUUAAUGGAGAGAGACAGAAUAUCAACCAAAAAUCCAGAAAAGACACAUUACAUAAAAGUUAUAAAUUGAUUUGCAUGUCAUUGAGUGAAAUAAGGAUUUGAUCCCCUACAACCCAGACAGAAUUCUGGCUCCCACAGAUGGCACACAGAUUACAAUCAGUCAAUUCCAGAUACUCCUGAUCUCAACUCAUUAUGUGUAUAUAGCCCACCUGUCCACAGAAUCAAUUUCUUCCAUUCCAACCUUUCCACCACCAUGGGAAACACCAAACAGCUGUCAAAGACCUGUACAAGCCUGCAAUGGGCUACCAGACCACCAGCAAGAAGCUUGGUGAGAAGGUGACAACUGUUGGUGUGAUUAUUCAGAAAUGGAAGAUAAAUAUAAAUGACCAUCAGUCGCCCUCAGUCUGGAGCUCCAUGGAAGACCUUGCCUCAUGGGGUGAGGACGACCCUGAAGAAGGUGAGUGAUCAGCC